UCUUGCCAGCACUUUUCUCCGCCGUCUUUUACAGUUUAAUUGAUUGUGUUGUUGUGAUUUGUAUUUUCCUGAUGUGUAUUGGAGUCUCCUCAGCAGAGGUGUGUGUGGAGCUCCGUCUGUCACUCAUUCAUCGCAGGUCAUCGGGUCUUCAGGCUAAACUUUGCUAACACUCACCGGCAGACAGCGGCCAAAGGUUCUGCAACGUGCUCCCUGAAGUUUCAUAUUGAAAAACUGCGAGAUGGCUUCUGCAUGGCAAAGUGCCCUGUCCCUGCACCAGAGCAUAGUAGACAAUGGAGACAAGAGGACAGACCCGUGGCUGCUGGUCUACUCCCCGGUCCCCGUGGUCAUCAUCUUCCUGCUGUACCUGUGUGUGGUGUGGGCCGGCCCUCGUCUAAUGAAACACAGAGAGCCCCUCGACCUCAAAGGCAUCCUCAUCGUCUACAACUUCUCCAUGGUCGGCCUGUCAGGAUACAUGUUCUAUGAGUUCCUGGUCACAUCCUGGCUCUCGAACUACAGCUACCUCUGCCAGCCGGUAGAUUACAGCAACAGCCCUCUGGCAGUGAGGAUGGCCAAAGCCUGCUGGUGGUUCUUCUUCUCUAAGGUCAUAGAGCUCAGUGACACGCUCUUCUUCAUCCUGAGGAAGAAGAACAGCCAGCUGACCUUCCUCCACAUUUACCACCACGCUACCAUGGUCUCCAACUGGUGGUCCGGAGUCAAGUAUUUGGCUGGAGGACAAUCGUUCUUCAUCGGCCUGGUCAACACCUUCGUCCACGUGGUGAUGUACUCUUACUACGGCCUGGCUGCCAUCGGCCCUCACAUGCAGAAGUACCUGUGGUGGAAGAGAUACCUGACGUCUCUGCAGCUCGUGCAGUUCGUGCUGUUCCUCCUGCACACCGGCUACAACCUGUUUGCAGACUGCGACUUCCCCGACGCCAUGAACAUGGUGGUGUUCGGCUACUGUGUCACCCUCAUCAUCCUCUUCAGUAACUUCUAUUAUCAGAGCUACCUCAGCAAGAAGAAGCAGAAAUAAGACUCAGUGGUGAGGUAUUGUAAGGAUGUUUUUCCUGUGUGUGCAAUACUCACUUAUUUCCACUAGACAGAACAACAUACUGACUUUUUUCUCAUGGUGCUCACAAUUGUAUUUCUUUAUAUUGAGAAAUGACUGAUAUUGAAAUGAUUGCUCC